AUGAUAUCCAAAAUGUUAGUAGCUCUGAUCAUUUCUCUCAUCAACCUAGCCCUAAUCCAUCACUCAAGUGCCCAAAACACUCCACAAGACUACCUCGAUGCUCAUAACGCAGCUCGUAGAGCCGUAGGCGCCGGACUCGUACCGAUGACAUGGGACAAUACCGUUGCUGCUUAUGCUCAAAAUUAUGCAAAUCAACGCAUCAACGAUUGUGCACUUAUGCAUUCCAGAGGGGGUUACGGUGAGAACAUAGCAUGGGGCAGCGGCGACCUUUCGGGCACGUCCGCCGUGAAGUUGUGGGUCGAUGAGAAGGCUUUCUAUGACUAUAAUACGAACUCUUGUGCAGGCGGGCAGUGCGGUCACUACACUCAGGUGGUUUGGCGUAAGUCGGUUCGAUUAGGGUGUGCUAGGGUUAAGUGUAGAAAUGGUGGAACUUUCAUUACCUGCAACUAUGAUCCUCCAGGCAACUUUGUUGGACAGAAACCUUAUUAAAAUGUUUGAUCAUGUGUGUUACAUUUGGAUUUAUAAUAUCUAUGUAUAAGCCAUUAAAAACUUGAGGUUUCUAUACAAAAAUUCUCAAGUUUUAAUUGGAGGGUUUUGGAAAGAAUAAUUAAGAAGAGUGAAAUAAUAAAAUAAUUGUAUUGUA